AUUUAAUAAUUUUCCCUAAAAUGGACUACGCCAAGGCUAUUGAGAACUUAAAAGAUAUUCUAACUAACGAAGAAAGGUUCGCAGACAUCAAUAAAUCUGUCUUUGAUGCUAUUGAUACUGAUAAUAGUGGAACAUUGGAGAAAGAGGAAGUAGAAGUCUUCGUUAAAGGACUGCUUAAAGGAGUGAAUGACGAGAACAGUGAGGAAUCAGAGGAAAGACAUAAAUUAGUAUUCUCAGUCUUGGAUGAGAAUGAAUCUGGUGAGAUUACUCUUGACGAACUGGGCAAAUUCUUGAGAGAACUCUUUAAAGAGCAAAUCAAAGAGCUCCAGUCCCUCCAGAGGAGCAAGAAUAAGGACUAAUUUUCUGUUAAAAUGUCUCUCAAACUAG